AUGUCUCAGGAGUCGGAGUCGGCAGCUCAUGUAACUGCUUUGCAGAAGAUAGUCACUCUGCAGCACAUCCAUUCCCUAUACCUUGCAGCUCAGCAGUCUCAACCUCCUCGCAAAGAUAUCUCAUUUAAUAUUUUACAGCUUCAAGCGAUGAUAAACAAUAAUCCAUUGAUAAACCCAGAUUUUGACAUCUUGAACAUUAAAGGGUCUUUGGACGCAAUGAAACAAAAGAGACAAAAUGGAGAAGCAUUCCAAGACAUUCUAACUCCUGGACAAAUCGUGCAAGUGAUAUCAGAGAGUCUUUCUGUGGAUAGUGUCAGUGAACAAGUGAUAUCUCAAAUCCCCAAAAGUACAAUAUUUCGUCUUUCGAACAAGAUUGACAUUUCAUUGGUGAAAGACAGAUUGAUAAAGAUACUGAAUAGCUACAAAAACUCCACCCUGGAGGAAAUCACGAGCUUGGAGUUGAAAUAUAAGAACAAAAAAAAGGAGAUAGAGCAGAUUGAAACCGGGAGGAUCGAAGAUUUAAAGCUCAUUGGUGAGUUUUCUCAAGAGUCUGUGAUUGAAAAAUCGAAAGAUGCUCUUGAGGAGGCUGAAGACGCGCAGGAAGCCAGUCAGCAGGAACUUGUCAAUAUCGUGAAGGAAAAACUUGAGUCAGACGGGGGUAAGGAAAUCACAAAGGUUCUUCAAGAUCUUUCGGAUAACCAGAAGAAGGACGGUAAAAUUGUUUUGGAUGAAGAACAGCUAGAAAAGACUUUAGAAAUGGCCAAAGGUGAUGCACUAGGAGCAGAAGAAAAAGUGGGUGAUAAUGAUGACGCAGACAAAGAGAUGGAUGAAGGGGGCGAGCCCGAGGCCGAAUCAUCGGCCCAAUUCCACUCAGUCGCUCAUUUGAAAGAAAAUAAGAGUGAGCCACUGGACACCCCCUCCGAACCUCAGGAAGAGCCAGUGCCCAAUGCCAUAUUGAGUGCUGACUCCGAACCCCAAACGAAACUGGAAUCCAAGUCGGCUUCCAAAGAAAUACCAUCGCCAACUCCAGAACCUGCUACGCCCGCAACACCGGCAAUUGGAGAAGAAGAACUUGGGAGCAAGCGUCGCGGAUCAGAUAGCGUGCCUCCUGGUUGUACCAAGCGCUUCAAUGCUCUUUCUGCACAAUUUCUUACACAGAUAUCAUCCAACCGGUUUGCCUCAAUGUUCAUGCAACCAGUGAAUGAAAACGAAGAGCCCAAUUACUACAAGCUAAUACGGCAUCCUGUGGACAUUAAAAGUUUGGGUAAAGCUAUUCGGACGGGUGAAAUUAAAACAUUCGACGAGUUAGAAUUUGAGCUUCAACUGAUGUUCAGCAACGCAAUUAUGUACAACGAUAUGCAUCAGACAGAAACUUACAAAUGGACGAUUGAAAUGAUGGAAGAAGCGCAGAACUUGUUGAGCCUUUUCCGUGAAUCAUCCAGCAAUUGA